UGCGGAGCGCGGCACACACGGGGCGGCGGCGGCGGCUCCGCACCAUGGGCUGUUGGCGGCUGCUGGGCCUCGUGUGCCCGCUGCUCCUGCAGCUCCUGCACCUCGCCGCCACCCAGGAGCCCGUCAGCAUGGCGGGGAAGUGCGACACCAUCUACAAGGGCUUCGCCGGCUGCCUCAUCAGCCUGGGGGACAGCAUGGCCCAGAGCGUCCGGCAGCAGCAGCAGGAGGGCGGCCAGGAGGCGCAGGAGCUGGACACCAUCUGCAAGUCCUGGGACGACUUCCACGCCUGCGCCAGCGGGGUGCUGUCGAGCUGCCCCGAGGAGGCGGCCGCCAUCUGGGAGUCGCUGCGCCAGGAGUCCCGCAAGAUCCAGUUCCAGGGGAACCUGCAGGAGCUGUGCAGUGCCCGGGGGCGCCUGGCCAGCUCCCGGGGCUCGCCGCCCGCCGAGACCAACCAGGCCACGCUGCGGGGCUCGGCCGUGCUGCGCCGCCCCGGCCUCCUGCCCCUGCUGGCCCUGGUGCUGCUGGUGGCCCGGCUCUAGCCCUGCCCGCUGCCGGGGGACCUGGCGAUGCCCUGCAGCCCCCACCAGGCCUCCCUCACGGGGCACGGCCCUCUCUCUCCUGCAGCCCUUCAGAUGGAUUUAUAUUUAUAUUUAUAUUAAAAGAUGAUUUUACAUUUCUCCUGUCUUUCUGCUGU